AUGUGGGGUGAUGUAAAAAUUGUUCAUGGGAAACCUCGACAUAGUCAGAGCCAGGGCUCUGUGGAACGCGCCAAUCGAGAUGUGGAGGAUAUGUUGGCUACAUGGAUGGCCGAGAACAAAAGUAGUGAUUGGCCGUCUGGAUUAAAAUUUAUACAGUUCCGAAAAAAUCGCGCUUUUCAUUCAGGUAUUGGAAGAUCACCGUAUGAGGCAAUGUUUGGGUGUUCAGCUCGAUUAGGCGUAGCGUCAAUAGGUUUACCUAUGGAUGAAAUAGACUGCCUACAAUCUGAAGAAGAUAUUGAGAAUAUUUUACAAGUUUGUGAAGCUCAGAAUGACCAUCUCGGUUCAGAUUCAUUGGAUUCUGAACAAUGUCAUACUACUCAUACUUCACAAGUUGAAGAAACGGACCAGGAACUGGAAAUAACUCAGAACUUAGUAUGA